UUAUCAGUGCAAUUGGACGGUCGGCCGCCGUCGUCCUGUAAACAACACGACGGGGUAAAAAUACGCGUACCGCUGCGGUUCGAGAUGCGUAUGGGCCGGCUCGACUGGCGACGACCACGACCGCUGCAGCUGCUGACAACGUUGCGUCCUCCUCCGGGCACAACGAUCCCUCCCUGUUGACUGUGAUCACUGGUAGUGUCAAAGGCGGCGGCGACGGUCAAUGUCAUCGUGACCGACAACGACAACCACGACAUGGAACUGACGAAAGUAUGCCGACUCUGCCUGGCCGUGGCCGACUGGCCCAUCGACGUAUUCGAUGAACUGGUCGACAAAAUCGCGCAAUGCCUGCAGGUCCGCAUAUCGCGCGACGACCAGCUGCCCAAACACGUGUGCGUCAAGUGCAGGGACACCGUCAACGAAUUUCACACGUACUACCUCAACGCGCUCGAAUGCCAGAAACAACUGGAUCAGUUGGUGGACGCACCGCAGAACAUGGCUUCCAGUAGUUUUGAACCAGUAGUCACUAUUAAUUAUGAUGAGCAAAAUACGGAAUACAAAUCCGAAUAUAAUGAACCUGAAAGUUGGUCUGAAGGCAAUCAAUCUGAAAUUGAAACAAAAGACUCAGUUAAAUUAGAUUCCACAAUUGAAAUUGAUCAAAAGCCAGAUAGGACUAAAAUCCGUAAAAUUAGAAUGAAACUUUUCAAGUGCACUAAAUGUGAAGAAUCUUUUAACACGAAACAUGCAUUAAAAGAGCAUAAAAAUUAUGCCCAUCCACAUACGGCAUAUAAAUGCAAUUGUUGUGAUAAGACUUUUGAUACUAUGUGUGCACGCCAAAAACACAAAAAAGAAGAACAUCCUAGUGUUACCUAUUCGUGUGAUACAUGUGACUAUCGUACUCCAUAUAAAAGCCGAAUGCAAUAUCAUGAAAACAGACAUAAAAAAGUGUAUAGUGUGUUUUGUGACACAUGCCAAGCUGGCUUUUUUAAUAAAGACGAGUUAGCCACUCAUGAAAUUAAAAACCAUGGAGCCGAACCUUACCAAUGUGAUCGUUGUAGUAAACUGUGCACAUCCAAAACCAAUUUGUACAGCCAUAUGAAAGUGCACACAACUUCUUCAGAGUCGGUUAGCUAUCAGUGUGAAACUUGUGGUAAAGCAUUCAGACGCAUAGGCAGUUAUCGGCGACACAUACAAUCACAUUUGGGUCUUAAAUAUGAGUGUUCAUAUUGUAACAAACUACUGAGUUCAGCCCACCAUCUAAAACUCCAUGUACGCAUACACACUGGUGAGAAAAACCAUGUAUGUGAAAUGUGUGGCAAAGCGUUUACAGUUAGCAAGUAUUUAGUUGAACACAAGAGAAUACACACUGGUGAACGACCAUUCAAAUGUGACUUAUGUUCAAAAGGAUUCACUCAAAAAACUUCUUUGCGCAUACAUACUAGAUGGCAUACAGGAGAUAGACCUUAUAAAUGUGAAAUAUGUGAUGACAGAUUUGUCAUCAAUACAUUCUUACAGAGACAUAUUAAAAAACAUCAUCCAGAUCUUGUAGAACCUGUACAAAACCCUUGCUCUAAUUCACUUCAAACUUUAUGAAAAUUGUAUUUAGACUAAAAAUAUUA